AUGAUUUUCGACGAUUUAAUUCCAAGCGAACCCAACGCGUUUACCCACGACGUGGAUUAUUGUAGCAUCUACGAUACAUCCUCAGAAGAGAAGAAAUUCUUUGACAAAGUUCUUGGCUUACGCGUUAGUGUUAGUGACGACACCGAAAUUUCUCCAAUGGAUACACUAUCAAGAGAAGAAGACCAAACUGUACCCACAAAAGUUAGUGAACUAACUUUUAAUUCAGUAGCAUCGCCUAUAAGUGUACUGGGAGGGGACGGACCAGAACCAUCCCAAGAGAAUAUUCGAGCCCCUCCUCCAAGCUACGAAGAACACAAAGUAUUCUCUAAAUUUCAUCCCCAAACAUUUUCUUGUGAAGAUUUGGCCGCUCGAUGGCAAGAUAUUCAAGAUAUCAUUACUCGAGAGUCAACAAGUAUUGCCAGUGAUGCUAACUUGUCUUUUACCGUCUUAAAGUCCGCCACUCAACCCAUUGGGAUGGAUGAUCACUUCCAGUCUCCGACAUGCAGUGAUAUUUCCAGAGCUGCCGACUCAUCAGACGUUAACAGUUCUAUUGCUCAAAGCCCUGCUUGGUAUUCAACUAGUGUCCAAGAAUCUUUUUAUUCAACAUCUCCAGAAUCCAAUUCUUUAGUACUUCCUCCAAGAAGCAGUAAUUCUUCUCCUGCUUCCACCACAGGAUCAUUUGCUCCUUCUUAUAACAACUAUUCGGCUUCCCCAGUUUCUAAUCCAAAUUUCUUUGAUCCGUCUUCCCGAUGUACACCAUCACCAUUUUGUCAACAAAAUAGCACCACCACUACCACCAAUCCAACCACCACCACCCCCACCACCACAACAGGAGAAGCUUCUGGAAUGAUUUGUGGAAUGUCAUAUCAACAACUCAAAGCCCAUAUUCCUGAACUUAUGGAUGGAUAUGAUCUGAUAUCUAUCUAUCUAUCUAUCUAUCUAUCUAUCUAUCUAUCUAUGCCUUGGAAGCACUUAAAACUGACCGUGUCUGAGAAAGGCAUGCAAAUUAAUUAUUUGGUUGAUUCUUAG